ACUAAAAACGGUCACUCUGCACUCCAGAAUUCAUAUUCAUUGCUUACAAGCAAUUAUUAAUUUCAGCUAAAUUCCUACGUGUCUCGCUUUAGUGGGCAUUAUGGCCGACAAUUUGGAGCCCCUGGAGCCCAGCCUGCAGAAUCUCGUCGAGCAGGACUCCCUCAAGUGGAUCUUCGUGGGCGGAAAAGGCGGCGUGGGCAAGACGACUUGCAGUUCUAGCCUGGCCGUUCAGCUGUCGAAAGUGCGCGAAUCCGUGCUCAUCAUAUCCACAGAUCCGGCGCACAACAUAUCGGAUGCAUUCGAUCAGAAGUUCACCAAGGUGCCCACAAAGGUUAAUGGCUUCGACAACCUGUUCGCCAUGGAAAUCGACCCAAAUGCCGGUCUCAACGAGCUGCCCGAGGAGUACUUCGAUGGCGAAAACGAGGCGCUGCGCGUGAGCAAGGGCGUCAUGCAGGAGAUGAUCAACGCCCUGCCCGGCAUCGACGAGGCGAUGAGCUAUGCGGAGGUGAUGAAGCUGGUCAAGGGCAUGAACUUCUCGGUAGUCGUCUUCGACACGGCGCCCACGGGACACACGCUGCGUCUGAUUGCAUUUCCCCAGGUGGUGGAGAAGGGGCUGGGCAAGCUGCUGCGGCUCAAGAUGAAGGUGGCGCCCCUGCUGUCACAGUUCGUCUCCAUGCUGGGCAUGGCUGAUGUGAACGCGGACACACUCUCCCAGAAGCUGGACGACAUGCUGCGCGUAAUCACCCAGGUCAACGAACAGUUCAAGAACCCAGAUCAAACUACAUUCGUGUGCGUGUGCAUAGCAGAGUUCUUCUCGCUGUACGAGACGGAACGCCUCGUACAAGAGCUAACCAAGUGCGGCAUCGACGUCCAUAACAUCAUUGUAAACCAGCUGCUGUUUCUGCAGAAGUCGCACGACUCGUGCAGCAUGUGCGCCUCCCGCUUCAAGAUUCAGGAAAAGUACCUGGACCAGAUUGCCGACCUGUACGAAGACUUCCACGUAACCAAGUUGCCGCUCCUCGAGAAAGAGGUGCGCGGCCCAGAGAGCAUCCGUUCCUUCUCCGAGAACCUUAUGAAACCCUACGACCCCAAGGCAGAGCCCAAGGAAUAGGAUAGCCCGUCCAACCCUUUACCCAUCCGUUUGUACGUUUCUUCCUUAGUUUGUGUGAACAUAAAGUGCGUAAAAUAAA